CUUCACCCAGUGUUCGUCCCUGUCCUGGUCGUAGUUGAUGACGGCAUGCUGCUUGUCCACGCUGCGGGACUGGGGACACACAGACUGCCCUCAGGCCACCUUCCCGGUUAGGACCCCUCCGAGGAUGGUCACCCAACCCCUCCCCCAGCCACGAGGCCGCCGGUCCUGGCACAAGGCACACGGCCACUGCCCACCCCACCCCGACCCUGCUGGAGGCCCUGGGCGGCCAGGCGGCCCCUGCAUCCCUCUCUCGCCACCUGAGGAGACCCAGGCCUGGGACCAGCCCCCGGAGAGGCCAGCAGAACCGGCCAACCUACGAGGUGUCCAGACCCACCUGGAUGGCAAUAUAUGGCCCCAUGCACCUGCCGGGCAGUGCCUCCACAAGACACCCGGACCUAUCUGCAAGGGCACGGGAUGGCCCCUGGCCCAGGACCCGAGUGCCCGUGUGACUAUGCCACUCGAGGGUCGUCAGCUCUCACAGGUGAGUGCCCAGACCUUCCCUCCCCGAGACAGCCGGACCCACAGAGCCCACUUCCUCUCCGACACUCUCCACCUGCUCAGCCCCUCUGGCACCACCAGGCUAGGGCCCAGCACCUCCCACAGACUAGAAGCCCCUAGGGCAGGGCCUCCUGCCUCACCCAGAGACCCAAGGGCACAGCAAGGUGCGGGUGGGGGUGGACACGGGUUCUGGCCCCUCUCUGCCCUGCCCAGGUCACUCUGCUCGGCAGAUGGACCGAAUGCUCUGGAGAACAGACCAUAGUGGGUGGGCGGGGCCCCAGCAGCAGCCUCCAGCCCUGCCUGCCCAUCAGAGGCCCCAUGCGGCCAGACCCACAAGGCUGCUGCUGCAGUGGGGGGCCUGGGGGGA